AUGCCAGCCACUAAAGAGGAGAAGGUGCUGAACUCCACAAAGGAGUACAUGUUGGUCUACAAGUGGUUUCUUCUUAUCUAUAAACUGAGUUAUGUAUUUACCAUGUUUGGAUUUAAUUUAUUCUUUCGAAUCAAGACGGAAGAUUCCAUGGAUUUUGGUGUGAUAUUGCUGUUUUAUGGACUCUACUAUGGAGUGAUGGGAAGAGAUUUUGCAGAGAUUUGUUCUGAUUACGUGGCUUCCACUAUAGGCAUAAGUUUUUAUAAUGUCAGUGGGAUGCCUACAAGAAAUUUGUCCAAUGACAUCUGUGCCGUCUGUGGACAGAAAAUCUUUGUGGACAUAAAUGAGGAAGGGAUAAUUGAAAAUACCUACCAGCUAUCAUGCAAUCAUGUAUUUCAUGAAUUUUGCAUCCGAGGUUGGUGCAUUGUUGGCAAAAAGCAGACUUGCCCAUACUGCAACGAGAAAGUUGAUUUGAAGAGGAUGUUAAGUAACCCCAGUAGUUUAGGUGGGAGCGUACACAUGUUUUGUAUGGGCAACUGUUGGAUUGGCUCCGCUAUCUGGUGGCCUGGCAACCAGUUGUUAUAG